AAACUAUCACAACCCAACGCCUCUCCGACGACGUCGUUUCAGCCAAUGCCUGCCGGGGAAGUGUGCCAUCAUUAUUCGCCGCCUCCGCCGCCGACGGGAUCGGCGGAGGAGGAAGAAUGGGUGUGGGGACAGAUCAAAGCGGAGGCUCGGCGCGACGCUGAUGCCGAGCCGGCCCUAGCCAGUUACUUGUACUCCACAAUCCUCUCUCACUCCUCCUUGGGGCGUUCGCUCUCCUUCCACUUGGGAAACAAGCUCUGCUCCUCCACGCUGCUCUCCACGCUCCUCUACGAUCUCUUCCUCAACAUCUUCUCCACCGACGACAGCCUCCGGUCAGCCACCGUCGCCGAUUUACGCGCCGCUCGUUUUCGCGACCCUGCCUGCGUUUCCUUCUCCCACUGUCUUCUCAAUUACAAAGGAUUCCUUGCUUGCCAGGCUCAUCGUGUUGCCCACAAACUCUGGACUCAAUCCAGAAAGCCACUAGCACUAGCACUUCAAUCCCGCAUCUCAGAUGUCUUUGCAGUUGACAUCCACCCGGCUGCCAAAUUCGGGAAAGGCAUCCUAUUUGAUCAUGCAACAGGGAUUGUGGUCGGCGAGACUGCUGUGAUUGGAAACAACGUGUCCAUUCUCCACCACGUGACACUCGGUGGAACAGGCAAGGCCAGCGGGGACCGUCACCCUAAGAUUGGAGAUGGUGUGUUGAUUGGUGCCGGAGCGACCAUAUUGGGGAAUGUGAAAAUCGGGGAGGGCGCCAAGAUCGGCGCAGGGUCAGUGGUUUUGAUCAAUGUGCCUGCAAGAACAACCGCGGUGGGGAAUCCGGCCAGAUUGGUUGGAGGCAAAGAACAGCCAAAGAUGCACGAAGAAAUCCCCGGGGAGUCGAUGGAUCAUACCUCGUUCAUAUCCGAAUGGUCAGAUUAUAUAAUAUGAUAUAAUAUAAUAUGACACUUAACUUAAGCAGAAGAACAACAGGAUCGAUUAGAGCUGGUUGGCCUGACCUGUAGCAUUGCAUAAUAUCUAUCAUGUGUUAGUCCAAAUAUGCAUGUGUGUGUGUGACCUAAUAAUUAAUAAACCUGCGACUUGUUUUUUGCAGACAUCUUUAUUUAUGGUAUAAUAAUAAUAACCCUAAAUCCUCUACU